AUGGUUUUGAAUUCCAACAGAGUGGAGCACUUCUCCGGCGGUGGAACCACGACCACCAUAGCUAUUUCUGGAGAUGCAAUGCCGCCGUUGGAAACCCAUGAAGUAUGCUUGCCACCGCACAGAACCACCCUUCAGAAACUCCGGCAGAGGCUCUCGGAAAUAUUUUUCCCCGAUGAUCCACUUCACAGAUUCAAGAGCCAAACAUGGUUUAGAAAAUUACUUCUUGGACUCCAGUAUUUCUUCCCAAUUUUCCAGUGGGCAACUAAUUAUAAUUUCAAGCUUUUGAGAUCUGAUGUCGUUUCUGGGCUUACAAUUGCAAGCCUUGCAAUUCCACAGGGGAUUAGUUAUGCAAAGCUUGCGAAUUUGCCUCCUAUAAUUGGUCUAUACUCCAGUUUUGUACCGCCUUUGAUAUACUCCGUUCUUGGGAGUUCAAGACAUCUAGCUGUUGGUCCGGUCUCCAUAGCUUCUCUUGUUAUGGGCACAAUGCUGAGUGAGACAGUUUCUUCUACUGAAGAACCAAUUCUUUAUCUUCAGCUGGCUUUCACUGCUACUCUUUUUGCUGGAUUAUUCCAAGCUUCACUAGGUUUCUUAAGGUUAGGAUUUGUUAUUGAUUUUCUGUCAAAGGCAACACUACUAGGCUUCAUGGCUGGUGCAGCAGUCAUUGUUUCAUUGCAACAACUGAAAGGGCUACUCGGGAUAGUACAUUUUACGAGCAAGAUGCAACUUGUUCCCGUGUUGUCCUCAGUUUUCCAACAAAGAAACGAGUGGUCUUGGCAAACCAUUGUUAUGGGAGUUUGUUUUCUGAUCUUCUUAUUGACAACAAGGCAAAUCAGCAUGAGAAGACCGAAAUUAUUUUGGAUUUCAGCAGCUUCCCCAUUAGCAUCAGUUAUCUUGUCAACAAUUCUAGUCGUCUUCCUUAAAUCCAAAGUUCACGAUAUUAAAACUAUUGGGCACUUGCCUAAGGGUCUGAAUCCACCAUCGUCGAACAUGCUAUAUUUGCAAGGCCCUUAUCUCGGUCUUGCAAUCAAAACUGGCAUUGUUACCGGAAUAUUGUCGCUCACAGAAGGAAUUGCAGUGGGAAGAACAUUUGCGGCUUUGAAGAACUACCAAGUAGAUGGGAACAAAGAAAUGAUGGCAAUAGGUCUGAUGAAUAUGGCCGGUUCUUGUUCUUCUUGUUAUGUGACUACAGGAUCAUUUUCUCGAUCGGCUGUAAAUUAUAACGCUGGAGCACAAACUGUAGUGUCAAACAUAAUACUAGCGACAACCGUGCUUGUGACUUUGUUGUUUCUCAUGCCCCUGUUCUAUUACACUCCCAAUCUCAUACUGGCAGCCAUUAUCAUUUCUGCGGUGAUCGGCCUAAUCGACUAUCAGGCUGCAAUUCGACUCUGGAAAGUCGACAAACUCGAUUUCAUGGCUUGCAUAAGUUCCUUUCUUGGUGUUCUCUUCAUCUCAGUGCCUCUUGGUCUUGCUAUAGCAGUUGGAGUUUCGGUUUUCAAGGUUCUCUUGCAUGUUACAAGGCCAAAUACAGUUGUUCUGGGCAACCUUCCUGGAACUCAAAUAUAUCAGAACCUUCGCAGAUACAAAGAAGCUGUUCGGGUCCCCUCAUUUUUCAUACUGGCUAUAGAAUCUCCUAUCUAUUUUGCAAAUUCCACAUACCUACAAGAAAGGAUAUUAAGAUGGAUUAGAGAGGAGGAACAGUGGAUAGAAACCAAUAAGGACAGUAAUAUGAAAUGUGUCAUUUUGGAUAUGACAGCGGUGACAGCAAUAGAUACAAGCGGUAUCGACACAAUAUCUGAACUCAGAAAGAUAUUGGAGAAACAAUCACUUAAGCUUGUGUUGGUAAAUCCCGUUGAAAGUGUAAUGGAAAAGCUGCAUCAAUCAAAUAUCUUGGAGUCCUUUGGAUUGGAAGGGCUAUAUCUAACUGUUGGAGAAGCCGUCGCCGACAUAUCCUCUUCAUGGAAAGCUCACACCUAA